CGGUCGUUUAUUAAUCUGUCGGUGAUAAAAGCAGGUGAGAACCCGUAGACUGUCGUCAGAUUCCUGCAGCAGAACUCAGGAAAACUCCAGCUGACAAACAUCACAGUUUACAUCCCAGCAGCAGCACAACUCUGGCUAUGAAGCUGCUGUCAGCUCUUCUCCUCCUGCUGCUUCCUCUGUUGGCCAGCAGUCUGAUUUUGGACUGCAGCGACGUUUAUCUUCAAGAUCCCAACAGUCCCAGUGGAGUUUACACCAUCUAUCCCAUUGGAUCCACAUCUGGUGUCCAGGUUUACUGUGACAUGGACUCACAUGGAGGAAAAUGGACCGCGUUCCAGAGAAGGAUGGACGGCUCGGUUAGCUUCUACAGGAAAUGGAAUGACUACAAGAUGGGCUUCGGGAAUCCCGCCGGAGAGUACUGGCUUGGUCUGGAAAAACUCCACAACUUACUAAGUCAGAAAAGGUUCGAGCUGUUAGUGGACAUGGAGGACUUUGAAGGAAACAAGGCGUACGCUCGUUACACCUCGGUCGGUCUGGGUUCUGAGUGGGAUGACUAUCCUCUGUAUGUGGACGGUUACAUCGAUGGAGGAGCAGGAGACACCCUGACAUAUCUUCAUUAUCAUAAAUUUGCUACUUUUGACUAUUAUCAACACGUUGGGUCGGAAAACUGUCCAAAACAUUUUCUGGGAGCUUUCUGGUUCGGCCCGACAUGCCAGUAUGGAAACCCAAACGGAGUCUACACCUGGGGCAGUGAGGGGACCAGAUUUGAGGUUGGAGUAAUCUGGAACAGCUGGAAGGGCAGUAUGUAUUCUCUCAAGGCCAUCAGCAUGAAGAUUCGCCCUGCCGAGUAAAUCAGCAGCUCAAGCAUCCAGCACUGUGUCCAACAUGAAUGUUUGGCAAUAAAGUCUAAACAGAUCGUC